ACAUACAUAAACUUAUACAUACAUAUGUAAGUAUGAAUACAUAUAUUUCCAGUACUCACCAUGGAGAUGUAUAAUGAUUGUUUUGUAUACUACUUUGUUCUUGCAAUUAUUACAGUAGAAAUGAAAUGCCAGUCAGUGAAGACAAUUUAAUGUACUAGAUAAAUUUCUUAAUAAAUAUGACUUCGCUACAAAACGAAAUUCAACGCAAACAUUUAAUCGUUACGGAUCUGGAUCUCUCUGACAGUCAGCAAAUGCAAGAAGUAAAAAACUGUCAUGAUUCAAAUCACAAAGUUCACAAAAAACGUUACUCGGAAAAACAGGUGCAUACCAUUUCGGGCAACUUUAACCGCCGUUCUCGAUCUGCUGAAAAUCGUUCUGAGGAACAUAAACCCAAUAUUAAACAAAGCAUCCGCAUUAACAGUUACUUCAAUGAAGUGUUGCAAUCCAAAGACAAACAAAUGGAAAAAUUGUUGCAACGUUUAGCCACCUUACACAAAUUUAAUGAACAAUUUGACGUACAAAACAAAGAGCUUCGUUCGCACAUACAUACCCUGGAGGAUCGUGUAGAGAGCUUGCAGUUCGAUGUUGCAAAUUGUAGUCAUUGUCAGGAACUAAUGCAACAACGAGAUAAAUGUUUGACUGAAAAUCAGACAUUAGCGUCUGAUGUAUCGAUGAUGAAGACUCUUGUGUAUCGCCUUAAUGUACAAAUUGAAAAUUAUCAGGAUCGUUUGCGCCUUUCUAAAGAUUUUACAAACAAUACAAAUAACACAAGUUCUGAUGAUGUUGUUCCACAUUCGUCUUCUAAAUCAACGUGGGAAGAGAGUGAUGUACGAACACAUUCACUUGCGCCGUUGCUACAUUCGUAUGAUGAAAUGAUUCGGGAUAAAGAACACUUAAUACAACAAUAUAAUCAGGAAUUUGAACAUUUCACAGGGGAACUGAAAAAGGCACUAGAAGAAAAUAAUAGUCUAUUGCUACAAAACGAAAGCUUUCGUCGAGAGGUUAGUUCUUGGCGGGAAGAACGUACCCGAUUGCAGGCACAAAUCGAUGUUUGCCGCGCAAAAGUUGAAGCUCAAACAAGAAAAUCGGACUUGGCCAAAGAAAAGUUAAUGGAAGUAAUGCAUUGUUAUGAGCACAAAAUGCAGUCUCUGGUUUUGGACCUGGAACAUUUACAAGCUGCUUACACACGCUGCAAGAAUGAGCUAUUGUCGCUCAAAAGUUUCAAGCCGCAUGCCACUGAUGGCAUAGAGCACGAUUUACAAGAGUGUAAAGCACUUUUAGAACAGUUGAAAGAGCAGUACAAGGACGAGAAACACAUGCUCGUGAAAUCUGUUGAAGAACUUCAAUCGCGACAUGAGGAAGAUAAUAGGAAAAUUUCUGAAAUGAGAAUGAAAAAUGAGACUUUGGAGAAGAGACUGGAAGAGCAGCGCACUGCAAUAGAAGAGUUUCAAAACAGUGUCAUUUCUUUUCAGCGAACUACCGCAAAAAUCAAGCGCUCUAGAGAUCGGUUGAAGGCACGGUUGCGAAUUGCAUUGCAAUGGACCCAGAAAAUGGAGGAAGGACAAGUAAAUAUACAAAGUACUUGGGACGCUCUAAAACGUCUUGAAACCAUUGUAAAGCAUAAAGAGUCACAAGUGCGUGGCCUUCAUGCUCGUCAUCUGCAAGAGAUCGAAAAAAUGCAAAAGAAACUAUCUCAAAAAGAGGAGACUAUAAGAACUAUACUUAAAGGAAAACUUGUAAUCGGCGAAAAUCGGUAGAUAAUAGAUCGUUACUGCAAGCGAACGAUUAGUUAUAUAGACUUCGACAAAUUUACUCAAACGAUGUUUAAAAAUGUUAUUCACACUAAUUAAGUUUACAAUAAAUUUUCCACUAUAUAAAUAUCUACGUAUGUGUAAAAGAUAUACAAAUAA